GGACUAUUCAGAACAGAGAAUCUUCUUGACAUACUGCACUAAGUUCCCUCUCCAAACGACAUCAAAAGAUCAGCAGAUGUUGACUUGCUGUCAGAAGUUGUCUCAGUUCCCAUGAUCAGACCCCUGACAUUCAGCUGACAUCAUUGCCAUCAUGUGGGUUGGCUGAAACAAGCCCUGCCAAUAAUUGAGUUAUAAAACUUUUGACAGCUGGCUGAGGCACUUUCUGAAGCUUUACCAAGUGUUCCAACCUGUGAAGGACUCCAAACAUUUCUGCAGACCACUGAUCUUAAUAACGUUCCAGAGAAUUGGUGGUUGCAGGAUGAUAAAACCUCAUGAAAAUUUGUGACCUAAAAUUUCAGUCAAGAAAAGCAUUGUUGACUAAAAUGAAAUCCUUAAGGAAAAGGCUGCCAUCUGCUCUGCUACUAGUGAUCAUCCUUGCUGCUCUUUCACAACCAGGUUUCCCGACUACCAUACAUAAAAGCGUAAUAUUAGGUAGAAAUGCCACCCUGAGCUGCCCAUUCAUUGGCAAUGUGACCAUGGUAUCAUGGAAAUUCAACGAAAGUACGAUAACAGCCCUCCGAUGUGAACCGAAUGAAUCAAUUUGGCGCGAUAACAACCAUACCAGAAUGAUAAUAAAAAAUACAGCAUGUAAUAAAUCAAAUAAUAAAAUCAGUCUCCAAAUACAGCCUGUGAUUCUUGAUGAUGAUGGGAAUUAUACCUGUGAAAUAACAGGUGAAAAAGGAAUACAUAAAGUUACUUUCUUCUUGUUAGUAAUAGUUCCUCCCACUGUAUCUUUAAGCAUUGAAAACAAAUCAAAUGAAACAGUGGCUAUAUGCAUUGCUUCAAAUGGGAAACCAGCUUCAGAAAUUACUUGGCACCCAACUAAUACAGGAAACACUUCGAUAAAUACGACCAUUUAUGGAAACAAAACCAUUACUGUACAAAACAAGAAUAUUAUAACCACCCACCUCUUCAAUGAGCAGAUAAUCUGCAGUGUAAGCCACCCAGCAUUUAAUGGAACACAAAACUAUACAAUUGCACCGAGCAACAGAACUCCAAACAAUUUAAGGGGAAUUUCAAUGUAUUUAUUAUGUGCAUGCCUCAUUAGUGGUAUCAUGGUAGGCUUUCUGUGCAUCUUUGCAGUAAUAUAUUUUAAACAUCUACAAAAGAAAACUUCUAUCAGAAGUACCUGCAAUUCUGGACCAACGGAAGGUGUAAUUCAAUCAAACGGACCUUUUAUUCAAAUGGAGAACCUCAUUUAUGAAACAUUGCAGCCAGAAAAAAUGAGGCAACCAUGAAUGUAUUCUGUUCAAUCAUAUUACACAUUUUUGGACCAGAUAUAAUAAAAUAUUUUCCCAUGCCAUUAUAUUUAAUACCACUUUAAGUUUAGUGUUAUAAAUGCAUCAAAUAGGGUUCAGAACUAAUCAGAGGUAUCCAAAAUUAGCAAAACCUCCAAGCCGCUUUUUUACAUUUACCACAUCAACGAAUGUGUUCACCAAUAUGUGGUGACAAGCAAACAGAAAAACAUACGACUGUUCUGCUAGCAACCUGACCUAAGCACCUGAUAAACAGAGAAUGCCUACUGUCAAAAAUUAAUCGUUUUAGUCAUUGUCUGCUAUAGUCAGCUAUAAUCAAUAAAACCUACUUCAUAUAGUCAGCCAUCAUAUAUACAUCAGAAACAAGAUAUAAUACUCUCCAUCCAGUCAUAACCAUAUGUUUCUAGCUACUUGUGACACUCACAUCAGCUUUCCUUCGCCAUUAGCAACCAUCUAUCACUAAAUACUGAUCAACUUGCCAACAUCAAGGAUAAUGGGUGGGACACCUGAUCAUCAAAUUCACAUCUGGAUAUAAAUGAUAACACAUAAUAAAAUAGAUUAAAGGAGGACUAACAGCUGAGUGUGGAGAGUAAUUCCGAAGUGUAUGGAACAAUGUACCUGAAUUACUUCAUGGGUUAUCUUUAACUUCUUAUAAUCGCACAAACCAGUCAUAUGGCUUUCUACUCUUCUCCUGUGGCAUCAAUAAAUUGUAAACGUCAAAGAGAACAGGGCUAGAUAACCCCCAUGCUAUAUUGCUGGAGAUUUGAAACUAAGGCUAGUGCACCUGUAGUCUAGCUUCAGUUCCAAUUCUGGUAUCUCCUGGUCAAAAAUGAAAAAAUAUUCAGUAAUGGCAUGUCCAUAAAAAGUAAAGAAACUCCAGUCUGACUUAUUAGACCAUAAAACUUAGAAGCAGAAUUAGGCUGUUAGGCCCAUCGAACCUAUUCCUCCCUUCUUGAUAGAUGAUUUGUUAUCCCUAUCAACCUCAAUUACCAUCAAAUCAGUCCACUUCUGAUCAAUAACACGGCAAUCAAACACCUCAACUGUGGUAUCAAGUGACACUUCUUCAUUAAUAACUUUCUCACCGCUGACCAGUUUGGUCAGUGACAAGAAGAAACCAUUUUUUUCCCUCCACAAUUGAACAGAAGAAAUGGAAUGGCAGUGAUAGUUGUUAAUAUUAAGGCAACCUUCGAUCAAGUUUUGCAUUCAGGAGCCCUGGCAAACUUGAAGUUUUUGGGAAUCCAGGGGAAAAAGGACUCUCCAUUGGCGAGAAUCAAAAAUCAUCAUAAGUAGAAGCUCCCUUGGACCAAAUGAUAGUGUAUUCCAGGAGCAAGUCGGAGUUUGUGUAUCUUGUUAUUCCAGCAGCACUUUCCGAAUCUGUGACUCCUAGCACCAAGGACAAGAAUAUAUAGUAUAGCCAGCAUUUGUAGGGUCCCCUGCUGGUUACAUACCAACUGUAGAUGGAAUGUUUUCAUUUUUUCCCCCAGUGGACUAAUUCCUGUAAUUCCUACCUACCACCACUGAACACUUUCAUUAGAAGGACUGCAAUGGUUCUGGAGGGAGGACCAUCACAACCUUUUGAAAUACAGUCAAAAAUGGGCAGUAAAUACCAGCUUUGCCAGCAAUGCCUAACUUCCAACAAAUGACAAAGCAGUGUUACUGAACUAAGAACAAUGCCAUCAUAGUGAAUAGAAAACAAACCUUCAAGAUGCUUUGCAUUUCUCUAACUCCUAUGCCUAUCUAUAUCUCUCCUUAAGCAGCUGCAUUCUUUAAGAGUUAUGGAACAUUUUUUUUUCUAAGUUCGAUCUCUGAAAGUCAGAAGAGUGUAUUUUUAUGCUUAUAUUUACCAACAAUAUGUACCGAGCUGUAUAUAGAGUGUAAGUGAGCUGCAUAUGACAAGUAAAAAUAUAUCAGAGGAAAUGAAUAAGGUAUUUGGCACAGUUCUGAGAGACGGUUCAGAAUUUACCUAUAUCAUGUAGCUGUUAGCUGAUGAUGUCUGUUUGAAACAUCCUUGUGUUAGUGAGCAAUGACAGCUUCACUGUUUCAUUAACAAAUCUGGGCCUCAGUACAGACCAAAAAGCUAAAUUAAUAGCUAUUGGAUAUGCAUGGUUAUCAUAGAAGAUGAAUUAAUAAAGAGUAAAUAUAAUGAAUAGUUUUCAUAUUAU